AUGGCAGAAAUAGAACAAUCUUUCAUUAAAUUUACUUCUCGCAGAUCAGUUGUUUUUGGUACUAAUGCUAUGGUAGCAUGUAGUCAACCCUUGGCAUGUCAAGCUGGUUUAGAAAUUUUAAAAAAGGGAGGAAAUGCCGCGAACCUUCAUCGACCGGGAUUGGUGGAGAUUGUUUUUGUUUAUUUUAUGAAGCAAGAACAAAGAAGAUCGCCAUCAAAAUUAACGCUCGAAUAUGUUCGAGAUAAUUUGGGAAUCAUCGAAAAUAACAUCCCGUAUACAAAUAUAAAUGCCUCAACAAUACCUGGGGCUGCAGCCGGGUGGGUUGAUUGUGUUGAAUGGUUUGGUAGUGGUAAAUUAUCUCUUGGAGAGAUUUUAAGACCCGCGAUUGAGUUGGCGGAAAAUGGAUAUCCUGUGUCGGAAAUAAGUGCAUGGCAGUGGAAAAAUGGAGAAGAAGUUCUUCGAGCCACGUCUUCCGAUGGGGGUGAUAUGUUAAUUGAUGGUCGAGCUCCGAAAGUUGGCGAAAUUAUGAAUAUGCCAAAUUUAGCUAGAACGUUUCGUGAAUUAGCGGAAAAAGGGAAAGAUGGAUUUUAUAAAGGUCGAAUUGCUGAGGCCAUUGUGGAAUUAGUUCAAUCCAAAGGGGGUGUGAUGUCUUUGGAAGAUUUAUCUUCUCACGCAACUACACGCGUUGAACCUAUAAGUAUUGAAUAUAAAGGUGUUAGAGUUUGGGAAUGUCCUCCUAAUGGUCAAGGUAUAACUGCACUUAUGACAUUAGGGAUUUUAGAAAUUUUACAAGAACAAGGAAAAAUUCCAAACCUGAAUUCUCUCGAACACAAUUCUACGCAAUAUAUUCAUGCAUUAAUUGAGAGUUUGAGAUUAGCAUUUGCUGAUACUCAAUAUUACGUCACUGAUCCUGAAGUUCAUCAUGUUCCUGUAAACGAAUUGUUGUCAAAGGUGAAUGAUUUAUACACGAUAGAAUCAUUUAGAGAAUAUUUAAUCAAACGAGCGCGGCUAUUUGAUGCAUCAAAAUCUUCGAUUGAUAUACAAAAGGGAUCUCCCGUGAAUUCAAGCGAUACAGUGUAUUUUUCUGUUGUUGAUCGAGAAGGAAAUGCUUGUAGUUUUAUUAUUUCAAAUUAUGUUGGAUUCGGAACGGGGGCAAUACCAAAGGAUUGUGGAUUUACGUUACAAAGUCGUGGAUCGGGUUUUGUAUUAGAGAAAGGACACCCUAAUUGUCUUGAACCUAAUAAAAGGCCAUAUCAUACAAUUAUUCCAUGUAUGGUAACAAAAGGAGAUGAAUUAUUAUUAUCUUACGGAGUUAUGGGAGGGUUUAUGCAGCCACAAGGACACGUUCAAGUAUUAUUAAACCUGCUUCAUAAUAAUCUUAAUCCACAAACAAGCCUUGAUGCACCAAGAAUUUGUAUUGGCCCAGGUGUUCCAAGUGAUCCAUCAAAUCCAUCAUAUAACACUUCUACAAUAUUUGCAGAAGAAGGUAUUGAUCAAAAAGUAAUUGAUGAAUUAAAUCAAAUGGGACAUAAAGUUAGGCUAGUUAAAGGAUGGGAUAGAGCUUUGUUCGGGAGAGGGCAAAUUAUUGAAAAGAGGAUAGAUGAAAAGAGUGGCAAAGUAGUUUGGGCUGGUGGGAGCGAUUUUAGGGGUGAUGGGAUGAGACCCUCGGUUCCUAAAGGACUUAUCCCUCUUCCUUCACCUAAGGGGGCCGAAUUUUAUUUUGGUCAUUACAGAUUACUUGGUUCCAAACCACAUGAAACUCUUACAAAAUGGGCUAAAGAAUUAAAUAGCGAAAUAUACUCGAUAAAGAUGGGCAGAUUAAAUUUUGUUAUCUUAAAUAGUGAUAAAGUUGUUGGAGAAUUACUUCAAAAACGAGGAGCAAUUUACUCGUCAAGAAUGGAUUCGGAAUAUUAUCAUCAUAUAAUAACAAGAGGAUCUAACCUUGGCAGCUGUCCAUAUAACGAUUACUAUAAGAAAAUGAAAGCAAUAAGUGCCGGGAACCUUUCACCGUCAAAGAUCGAAUUAUAUAGUCCCUUAAUAGAUAAAGUGACAAAAGAAACGUUAAAAGAUUUAAUUCAUGGCUCAACUUCCUCAUCAAAUUCUGAACCAGUAAACCCACGUUUAUACCUUCGUCGUACAUCUCUAAAUAUAAUUUUAAAUGUAGUUUUUGGAACUCAUGCUACAAGUAUUGAUGACCCAUUAUUCAAAAGAAUCGAUAAAUUCUUGGAUGAUCUUACAAUGAUCUACUCAAAUGCAAAUAGGAAAUUGGAAUAUUUCCCGAUAAUAAAAUAUCAUCCAAAGAAUAAAACGAAACAGGAUGCGAUAUCUGUUAGAGAUGAUCUUGAUUCGAUUUUUGGUGAACUUCUGGAUAAUAUUAAAUCUGGAAAAAAUAACAAUCCAUGUGCUGCGAAAGAAGUUUAUGAACAAGGAGAAUUAGAAGAUUAUCAAAUUGUUCACCUUUUUGGAGGCCUCGUUUUUGCCGGAUCGGAUACAGUAGCAUCAAGUAUAACAUGGUUAUUGGCGUUCUUGGCUAAUAAUCCCUCGUUCCAAGAACCAGCUCACAAAGAACUUGACGCUCUCAUUCCUGACCAUGAUCGACUCCCAACUCCUGCUGAUUCUAAAAGUCUCCCUUAUCUUCGAGCAUUGAUCCGAGAAGGCCAAAGGGUAUUUCCACCAACUUGGACUGGAGUUCAUCAUUGCGUUCAACAAGAUGAUGAAUAUAAUGGUUAUUAUAUUCCGGAAAACUCUCUAAUUCUUAUCAAUGCUCAUGCAAUUGGAUUUGAUGAACAACGUCAUAAAAAUGCUAUGGAAUUUGAUCCGUAUAGGUAUAUUAAUUUUGAGCAAAGUAUGGCAAGUUUUGCCAAUGGACCUGUUGAAAAAAGGGACCAUUUUAGUUUUGGAGCUGGAAGAAGACUAUAUGGAAAACCUAUCCCAAUUGAUUUGAAUAAUGGUACAUAUGGUUUAACUAGUUGGCCAAUAGAUUAUCAUGUUAGUGAACUUACAACAAAGAAUAUUGUAACUUAA